AAUCUGUAGUUUGUGAUGUUAUCACCAAUGUGGAAUAUUCUGAUAGUAUUCGUAACAAUAUCAGUUGCUUAUGGCAAGAAUGAUCACGUGGACUUGACACAAGACUGGUGGGAGACGGCUGUCUUCUAUCGGAUAUACGUGCGGUCCUUCAUGGACAGCGACGGAGACGGCGUCGGAGAUAUCAAUGGCAUCACUUCGAGAUUGGAGUACUUAAAAGAAAUAGGCGCGGAAGCGGCCUGGUUGUCUCCCAUCUUUAAAUCGCCCAUGAAUGAUUUCGGUUACGAUAUCUCCGACUUCUACACCAUACAGCCUGAGUACGGCUCUAACGAUGACUUCGAGCAACUCCUCAAAAAGGCUAAUGAACUAAACAUCAAGAUCGUAUUAGAUUUUGUUCCAAAUCAUACGAGCAAUGAAAGCGAAUGGUUCAUAAAGUCCUCGAGCAGAGAGGAGUACUACAGCGACUGGUACAUAUGGGAGAACGGUCACAUAGGUCACGCGGGGGAGCGGCAGCCACCCAAUAACUGGGUCAGCUCGUUCGGAAAGAGUGCUUGGAGUUACUCGCCUGCCAGAGACCAGUACUAUCUUCACCAAUUCGGUGUUGCCCAACCUGAUCUGAACUAUAGAAACCCUGUGGUGGUUGAUGAAAUAAAAAACAUCAUUAAGUUUUGGUUGGAAAAAGGAAUAGCCGGUUUGAUUAUGAACUCUGUUAACCACGUUUUCGAAGUAGAUAAAGACAAUUACGGUGGUCACUACCCUGACGAACCAAUCACUGGAAAGCCAGGGCUAUCGCCUGAUGAUUAUGGGUAUUUGGAGCAUGUCUAUACGAAGGACCAAGAAGAAACUUAUGAGCUGGUGUCGCAGUUGAGGGAGGUGUUCGAUGCUAUAUCAAUUCGUGACAAUAUGACAAGGAUCAUGAUGACAAAUGCUUACACGAACAUCAAAAAUGCAGUGAAGUAUUACGGCGAUGGGAUCCUUUAUGGGUCACACGUCCCUUUAAAUUUUGUUCUCAUUGAGGAUCUCGAUAAAUACUCAGACGCGAGGGAUAUCAAAUACGCGGUGGACCGCUGGAUCACUUACAAGCCGCUGAGGAAGCAAGCUAAUUGGCUUACUGGAGACCAUGACCGAAGCCGAGUGGCGUCACGAUUCAGGCCUGAGCUGGUGGAUGCUUUUAAUAUGCUUGUACUACUCCUACCUGGGAUCGCUAUUACGUACAUGGGCGAAGAAAUCGGUAUGCUGGAUGGAUUCGUCCCAUGGAGUGAGACUAAGGACCCACUAGCUUGCAACACUGAUGAUCCCGUCAAUUUCAUUGAGGUUUCCAGAGAUCCAGUCCGUACACCUUUUCCAUGGAGCAAUGGCAAAAAUUCAGGGUUCUCGAUGGCUGAUCGGACAUGGCUGCCCGUGGGGGAGGGGUCCGAGCACCUGAACGUGGCCCACCAGCGGUCGGCGGUGCGGUCGCACUACCAGGUGUACCGCGCGCUCACCAACCUGCGCGUGCGCGCCGCCUUCAAGUACGGCCGCCUGGAGUCACUCGCGCUCAACAACGAUGUAUUCGCCUUCAAGCGAUGGCACAAUGAUGACACGUACGUCAUCGUAAUGAACUUCGGAAGAACGUACCAAGUUGUCAACCUUACAUCUUUUGAUUUGGUGUUUGGACAGCUUGAGGUGGAAGUCAGCAGCGUAUUGUCUUCUAGAACUUACAACGACAACAUUCCAGCUGGCUCGGUGGACCUCGCGGCUAAUGAAGCUUUGGUGCUCCGCAUGCAAGCUUAAGAUUAUAAUUAAAUUAUUUUGGCAAUUCAAUGUUAGGGGCCAUUCAAGUAUUACCUAAGCACUAUAGGGGGGCAAAUCCCACCAACCACCCAUGGCCUGACGAACCUUCUUGGUUAUGCAGGCCGAAGCAACGGGAGAUACGCGCGGAAUGGCCUCCACCGCGCAUACUUUCUUGACUCCCUACAAAUUAUUCUUUAUCUAUCUCCUUGUCCCUAUGGUCCCUCUCCCCUUUCUGGGGCGGACGAACACGAAACGCCUUCGUCGCCAUCCCAGCCGUCCCGUGCCCACUCUCAAGUGGUACCGCUGGCUCCAAAUUGAAUGGUCCUCUUCUUUCUUCGCCUCGGGUCUUCUUUCUUCACCUCUCGAGUCCACUCCGAAUCCUGUGCCAUCUACGCGCGAAAUCCUGCAGCCACCUGAAGUUCGCCUCCGAUCCUACAAGGUCACGGUAGUAGACCGGCCCGACCUCGAGCACCUUCACACUGUCCAGAAGUUCCCUACGCGCCUCCCCGUAGAGCUUACACUCCCACAGAGCGUGGUAUACUGUAGGGGGGCAGGGGGGUCUAUGCUUUGCUUAUUUUUGAUGACAUGGGGCCCUGGGGGGUCGAGAUAUUGAUUACGUCAGCAUCAUAGAUUCGGGUGCCAUGGACUGAAGACUGUUAAUUGGAAUUAAUAUGUAUACCAAAAAUUCGAAAGAACUUUGUUUUGUUCGUAAUAGCACUUAAUAAGAUUAUAAUAUUUGUACCUUACUCUAUGUUGAAAACUGUGUCAAUAAAGUUUGUUUAAAUUAAAAAUUAAAGUCCUAUAUCCUAAGCCUAUUUAAGUUCUGCUGCUCAUGAAACUCAUAAAAGCUCAUGAAUCAAUUAAAGGAUAAAUGCAUAUAGGUACCAUUUAUUACGUAAUCAGGGGGGGGGGGGGUAAGAGCUUUGCU